GCUUGAACCUAGGAGGCAGAGGUUGAAGUGGGCCAAGAAGAUCAUGCUACUGCAUUCCAGCCUGGGCAACAGAGGGAGACUUUGUCUCAGAAUAAAUAAAACAUAAAUAAAAUUGAUCACUAGCAGCUUUGUACUUCACUCUCCCAUUUCAUAGAUGUCCAGCUGACCCAGCCUCUAGGUACCAUAUCAUGUAUUCAUUUGCAAGUAAUCAGGUUCUCUUGAUUUUCUAAAAGUACCAAAAGGCAUGACUAAAUCAGUAUUACUGUCAUCUGCCAUCUUCGUGUUGAGAGAGCCCUAGGGUUGUAUAUGUAAGCUUUUAUGUGAAUUUAUUCUUUGAGGAAUGAAGGUUGAUCAGAUAAGUCCUCAGGCAUUUCGUCUCUCUGUGUUUGUGACUCCAUCAUUACUAUUAGUUACUUCCGCCCCCUCCAUCCUUUCACCCCCAAACCACACCCGUUCUUUCAUCACACCCAUUGUGGUGGAACAUGGUGAAACUGCUGGGAAACUCAAGUGUUGAGGAAGCUCAUGUUCGAAGUCAGAGGAAAAAACACGUAACACAAUAAUUUUUUCUUUAAAAAAAAAAGCCAAUCCCUAACAUAGCUAUACACAAGGACACCUCACCUUCUGCACUGAGCAUUUGAGAAUCGCAACCAGAGUAGCCUUCUUAAUUUUUCCCUGACAUUUUCUAAGGAGGGCUGUGAGCCUCUAAUUCACACAUAAUCAAUCACUAGCAGCUUUGCUGUGUUUUGAGUGAAAUUUAGUUGGGGUGAUAUUCAUUUAUACACCAGAUAUAUAUUAAUUAAUAUAUAAUAACAGGCACACUGUUAGAUGAUAAGUCCUCAUAUAUAAGAAAAUCCCUCUCUCUGCCCUCAGGAAUCUCAGAUUCAUGAGGGAAGGAGACACUAGGCAGCAGUUGGAACUGGUGCUUAAAGGAUGCUGAGCUCUGUCAAGGGUGUCUGACUCCAAGGGUUUGACUUUCCCUAAGGCAACAGGGCUUGAUGGAGUCUGGAGGAGUCAGUAGGAGGGUACCAGGAGGCUGAGGGUGGGUGUGGGCAGGGAUAAAUUAUUCUGAGAGAGGGAACAGGGAAUGUGGUGCAACAAAGGUACCGGAGAGGUGGGUUGUGGAACAGCUGGUCAUUCCAUGUGGCUCCUCACUUGCGCACAGUGAGGGUGGGAGAUGAGGCAGGAGAUGUAAAGCAGAGGCUGGAGCCACUUUUGGAAGGGUCUUGUGGGCCAUAUUUCGUCUUGUAGAUGAAUUUGAGGACUUUUUUAGAAUGAUCCUGGGUGUAUUACACAAAAUGGAUGGGGUAGGGGACAGAAAAGAUAUGCAGUGCAAAAAAAGGCUCUUGAAUCUUGGUGUGGAUUUAAGGUGUGAACUCCCACUGAUAAGCAUGCGGACAUUAAUGGGAGAAGCAAGGAGGGGAUGAUGACUUUAAGGACGACUCCCAGGUGUCUGGCUUGGAUAACUGAAUCAACAGGGGUGCCAUUGGAGAUGAUGGUGAAUACAGAGGAUGGAGCAGUUUGCAGGAGAAGAUGACAAGCUGUGGAUUUAUGCACUGUGAGACAUCAGAGGGACAUCCAGGACCUGAGGUGCAAUUGACAGUUGUUGAGCCUGCAGUUCCGGAAUUGAAGAUGGAGGCUGAACUGGAAAUAAAACACGAGGUCGUUCUCCUAUUUUGGCAGUUGGGCACAACUUCAUUGCUGAGAAAGGGUGAUUUCAAGGCCAAGAAAGAAGAGAGAACUCUCACCACAACAUUUCAAAGGGGAUACAUUGCCAGAAUUUGGAAUACUCUUCUGGACAAACGUUUUCUCCAAGGAUGCAGCUCUCUGCCCCCAUGUCGCCACCCUUGAAGGACUGACUGACUCCCUCGGCUUGUGCCAGUGCCUGCUGCCACCAUGGGGCCCGCGGGGAGCCUGCUGGGCAGCGGACAGAUGCAGAUCGCCCUGUGGGGAAGUCUGGCCGCUGUAGCCAUUUUCUUCCUCAUCGCCUUCCUCAUAUUCCUGUGCUCUAGUUGUGACAGGGAAAAGAAGCCGCGACAGCCCAGUGGGGACCACGAGAACCUGAUGAACGUGCCUUCAGACAAAGAGAUGUUCAGCCGCUCAGUUACUAGCCUGGCAACAGAUGCCCCUGUCAGCAGUGAGCAGAAUGGGGCACUCACCAAUGGGGACAUUCUUUCAGAGGACAGUACUCUGACCUGCAUGCAGCAUUACGAGGAAGUCCAGACGUCGGCUUCAGAUCUGCUGGAUUCCCAGGACAGCACAGGGAAGCCAAAAUGUCAUCAGAGUCGGGAGCUGCCCAGGAUCCCUCCUGAGAGUGCAGUGGAUAGCAUGCUCACGGCGAGAAGUGUGGACGGGGACCAGGGGCUGGGGACAGAAGGGCCCUAUGAAGUGCUCAAGGACAGCUCCUCCCAAGAAAACAUGGUGGAGGACUGCUUGUAUGAAACUGUGAAAGAGAUCAAGGAGGUGGCUGCAGCUGCACACCUGGAGAAAGGCCACAGUGGCAAGGCGAAGUCUACUUCUGCCUCGAAAGAGCUCCCAGCGCCCCAGACUGAAGGUAAAGCUGAGUUUGCUGAAUAUGCCUCGGUGGACAGAAACAAAAAAUGUCGCCAAAGUGUUAACGCAGAGAGUAUUCUUGGAAAUUCAUAUGAUCCAGAAGAGGAGGCCCCACCACCGGUCCCGGUGAAGCUUCUGGACGAGAAUGAAAACCUUCAGGAGAAAGAAGAGGGAGAGGCAGAAGAGAAUGCCACAGACAGGACCAGUGAAACUAACAAGAGAUUUAGCUCAUUGUCAUACAAGUCUCGGGAAGAAGACCCCACUCUCACAGAAGAAGAGAUCUCAGCCAUGUACUCAUCGGUGAAUAAACCUGGACAGUUAGUGAAUAAAUUGGGACAGUCGCUUACGGUGCCAGAGUCCACCUACACCUCCAUUCAAGGGGCCCCUCAGAGGUCACCUUCCUCCUGUAAUGAUCUCUAUGCUACUGUUAAAGACUUCGAAAAAACUUCAAACAGCACACUUCCACCAGCAGGGAGGCCCGGCGAGGAGCCAGAGCCUGAUUAUGAAGCGAUACAGACUCUCAACAGAGAGGAAGAAAAGGCCACCUUGGGGACCAAUGGCCACCACAGUCUCGUCCCAAAGGAAAACGACUAUGAGAGCAUUAGUGACUUGCAGCAAGGCAGAGAUGUCACCAGGCUCUAGCAACCCAGAAGACAGCCCUGGGUAGCCUGUGACGAUCAGCAUCUGGGGAUGUUUCUUCCAUGAAAGAGAAGAAGUGACACAGACCUAUACUUCACAUGCUGCUUUAGUCACCUGAAGCUGGUUGGAGAGGCCCUGACUGUUCUCCCAGUUGUUCAGUUUCUGAGACAGAGAGGUACGGACCAGGUCCGCCUGAGUGUGCCCCUUCCUGCCAGACGGACAGGCACGCCCAAGCAUAUCUCCCUCCUGCACCUUCACUCCCACAAAAGAUCCCAGCUGUCAGUGGUCUCAUCCUAUUAGUGAGGAAAGCCAGGCUGUAUGGAAAAACUGCACUCUCCAAGGACCACAACGCCCCCCGCCUAAUGUACUGCCACUUGGAAGAGCCAGGUUUUUCCCCUCUUUCCUUUUCUCUGUCUGCUAUUGACUUUAAAAUGUAAAGCUUUUCCCCCUCAAAAUGUCCAGAUUUCUAUGGUUCAUUCCAAGGAAAUUUUCACACAAGGCUUGGCCUUUGCCUUCAAUGGAGGUGUCUUAGGAUGGCAACAAACUGUGGGUGCAGCUUUCUGCCCAGCUCACCAGUCCUGGGGAUCUGGACCCUGCAGGUGAAUGGGACUGGGGAGGGACGUCCCUGGAGUCUCUUCCAUCUUUGUUUCUUCUUAUUUUGGCACUCUCUAUCAGCAGCCUCUCCCCAAAGUACUUGAAGUCAGUUUUAGAUGCUUUAUUUUAUUUUUCUAGUCAAAAACGUUUUCCCCCCAAUGUUUGAAAACUCAUCCAAGCCUUUUCAGUAUUUUCCAUGAGUAUUGUGGUACUUCUGUACAGGUUUAAGCCCAGAGCUCAUUCCUUCAAAACAGAGAGCCUUAAUCUUUAUGUUGGGACACAGACCACAUAUUUGGACAGCAGCCAUACAUCCAUCUCUGAAGGGCUGUGGACAUGAAUGUGUGUUUCCCAUGGUCUCCGCUGCCCACACUAACAGUGUGGCAUCUUAUAAGUUAACUGUUAUCCUAAGGUCAUCUAAGAUUAAAAUGUAAACAUUUAUUUUUGUUAUGUGAGUUUAUAAGAUGUUUUAUGUUUAAUGCCUACUUUCUCAAAAGUGCCAGAAAAAAUGUAUAUUAACUAUUUUGAUUUUAGGUACAAUGAUUUAUACUCUCCUUUUUAAAAGAUAUCAUAAAGCACAUAAGUUAGGUCAUUACAAGGAGCUGUUAUCUUUUUUCUUAUCAGAUGUUUAAAACAUUGAUGGUUUUUAAAGACACCUUUUUAAAUGGUACUUGGAGCUCCUGAUCUAAAUUACCUAGACCCCUAGAGAAAUAAAUGGAAUAGACAUAAAUAAUCAUUUUCAGUGGCUUAUGGUGGGCAAUAUUGAAUUAUUUGAAACGGUAAAAAUGGAAAGAAGAACAAAAUAUAUGAUCAGAGGUGGCUGUGAAUUAUAAAUCUCAUAAAAGUGUCAUAAUUCCAUUAAGGUUUAAUUACAUUUUUUCAGAAAACAGUGAUGAAUUCUGCAGUCCAGUGCUUACCUGUGCAAAUCGUCUAUUGGAAUCUUUUCCUUAUAUUUUACAAACAUCACUGGCUGAAAUAACUCAGAUUAAGAGCUCAGCCUGGUUUGAAUCUAAUCAUCUCUUUAGAUCUUAUCUUAUAAGGCCAGCAUUAGGAAACUUGUUCACUUUUCAUUUUCAAAGGAGCCUAGUUGAAGUGCUAUUAUGAGUGUGGGCUAUGGAAAGGGAGAUUUUCCUACACAGAUAAAGAAAAAAAAUGAGGAAAUUACUUCAUCCCAUUGUGACACCUGUGACUUUUUGGAUUUAAUAAUCUAGCUGUUUUUCUUCUUUAUGACAAAGCAUAUAAUUGGGAGGAUGAAGAGUCUUAAAAAUUGUAGAGACCAGCUCAUUGGAAUGUUUUUACAUCCCUGUAUUCAUGGCUUGACUUUGUGACUGCUCUGCGUUGCACUUCUGACAUUGUGAAGUGAGCUAUGUUGGGGUCAACUGGCUGGCUGGCAUUAUUUUUCAAUCAUCUUGGUCUCUCCCACGAAGAUAUCAUGUGCAUAAGCACAAUCAUCAUUGAUUAGAAGAUCAUGGCAGAAUACCCUUAGAUUAGAGAGAAGUUUGUACCUUGCAUUUGCCUGAAUUCCAGUCUCUGCUUUUUGCCAAGCACUGCUUUUUGACUGGUGAUUUUCACUCCUUUGUAUUAAUGACUUUGACCCAGCAAUCUCUCACGUGACUGGGUUCUAUAGUACAUAGUAACAGCCAAGUCAUGUUACACACCUAGCACUGUGCAUGCUGUAAUGACAUCCUCUAUAGGCACCUUACAGCUCAAAAAUUUUGUUUCAUAUCAUGCCUUACUUAUCACCAGGAAGGUGGGUAUGAUCUCUAAAGUAAAAAAACUCUUUUAAUAGAAAGCUCAUAAAUAAUUAUGUCACUUUACAAUUUCAUUACCAAAAUUUCACCCAGAAGUUUUCAAAUAUUAGUUCUGCAAUGUGGCCAAAUAUACACUGAAAUACACCUUUUAAUUUGAGAACGAGUGGUUAGAAUAAGUUGUGAUAUAAGCAUUUUCAGUGGACUUUUAAAGGAACUCUGUAAGGCCCUCCAGCAAAAACGAUAAAAGAAUAACUGUAGCACAGGCCAUGAGGGUUGCGGGAGAGAGAAGCAGAGUAAGCCUUAGUAAGAUUGCUCAGCUCUUUGGAACACCAGCUAUUUUAUUGGAGUAUAUUUACUUCAAUAUAUAAACUUCAUAUAAAUGGUGAGGCACCAUCACCGUUUGGACUGUGUAGUAUAGUUUUUCAUAAAUUUCAUCACAUUUGCUUUUUUCAGAAUCUGUGCUUAGAUCUUUGAGUUGGACAAAAGCCUAUGGCUUCUUUAAAAAAGUUUCAUCUUGAGCUAAUACUACAGUUUAAAUAAAAUGUAUGAAAGGUAGUUGUCAAAACAAUAUAUUUAAAAUUCUAUCUUGACAUCCAUUUUUACAAACAAUGGUAAUAGGUUAUGUGAAAUUUAAAAAUAAAUUUUAGGAUAUGUUUUUAUCAUAAGUAAGAAUUAUAAAUCUAUCUCAGUUAAAAGUAGAAUCUUUGUUUUUAUUGAGGUAUUUUGAAAGCUUAGAAACAUUUUGUAUGCUGUUUUUUGGUAUUUCUUAAGUAUAGUCAGCAGGAAACGGUAACCUGUUUUAUGUGAAAUUUUUUAAUUUGUCAAAAUUUUUUAGUAUGUCUACUGAAGUAGUUUCAAUAUCCUGUCUGUAUCCUAGGCAGAUAACUACACAAGAACAAAAUGCUAUAUAGAAAAGAAAACGUUUGAGGAAAUCUUAAAUUCUAUAAGAAAGCAAUUCUUACAAGAAUGUUGGCUACAUAUGUUUUUUCUGUCCUGAAUAAAUUACAUAAUUAUGUCUGCUAAAGCUUUUGAAGCUACCACUAUUCUUUGUGGGAAAAAGGCUAAUUACUGAUUUUUCAGCCCUCAAAAUCCCAGAGUUAAUUCUAAUUGGGUACUAAAUUAACAAUAAGUAGUUAACACAGAUAACUAAAAUUUAACCACAUUAUGUCACUAUAUAUAUUUCUCUUGAUUUUUGUUUUGCCAAUUACAGCAUUUACUUACCUUAACCAGUAACAAACUACACACACACACACACACACACACAUAUACACAUAUACAUAUAUGUGUGUGUAUAACUUGGCUCUGACACAAUUCUGGUGCUAAAUUAGGAUAUGUUCUAUUAUGUAUUUUGAAUGUUUAUCCUGCUGGUAUGAUGAACUUUUGUCAGAAAAGCAGAAUUGGAAGGAACAGUUUUUAAAUCAUUUUCAUUUGGUAAUUAUGGGAAGAUCUUAAGUUGCUCUCAUUUAAUUUUUCCAAUUAAUACAUUUAGAUGUUAAAUUGCAUCCAUAAUUCCCUUGGCUGAAAAACAGUGGUAUUUUAAGACUAUUUUGUUAUAUAUGUGACUGACUUCUGACUCAACAUAAGAGGAGGAAAUGUAAAGAGGGUACUUCUCAGAUAAGUGUUUGAGAAGGAUUUGGCCUAAAGAGAGGGGUAGCCUUGAGCCAGGAUGAAGCCAGGGCAAGGUAACUCCCAAGGAGCAGUAGCACAAGUCGGUCACCCGUGGCAUCCUGUUUCAUUCCCUUUUAAAACUGAGAGCUUUUACAGGCAGUGUGAAACAUCAGCAGGCAGCAAUGUCAUAUAGGAUGUGCACAAAAGCUGGUCUGAUACCGUGGCUAUAAUUACAGAGCUUUAGUUCAAUUAGGAUCUUGAAUUCAGAUUUUGUAAAUGAGCAGAUUACCUUUUUUUUUAGUGCUCCUUAUAAUAGUUAAUAUGAGUCCAUGCAAUCUUGUGAUGCCAUUCUUCUGAAGCUAUUGAUUUACGGUACCCAGCCAGCUUAGCUUUGGCUGCUGGAAGCACAGUAGGUACUGAUGGUUAUUUCCUGGAAAUCUUGACAGGCUUAUUGUACCAUGUAAUGGGGAAAAGUUGAAGUGUAGUGUUUGGUGUUAAUAAGCGACUGAUGUGAAAAUAGGAGCAUGUGUCUAUAAUAUCAAAUAUGGCUAUAUUUGCAGUGAAAUCGAAAUUCCUUAUUCUGCGGUACUAUUUCCUUGCCCUGUGUUGUAUCUUUUCUUAAGCACAUUUUUCCUGACAGUGGCUUUAGGCAAGUUGAACACACUUAGACUCAAAGUGUUUAACUUAAAGAGAUCAGUCCAGAAACCAUGAUGAAUUAGAAUCUUUAUCUAGAACUACCAAAUUAAAAUUUAAAAUCAUAGUCCAGAAGAGAACAACCAUUCAUGUUUGUUUGCAUUAUCCUAGUGCUCAUUUUUAGGUCUGUGUUUACAUCCCGUCUCUACUAUUUGUGAGGUAUGUCAUUAUUUUCUUCAAGUUUUUCUUUGACUUAACUGAAAAAUAAUAUUCCAAAUUCUUAAUGUAACAUGAAAAGAGAAAUACAAUUUUUGUUUAAAAGACAGUUUUAAAAAAGCAUUAAAUUCCGUAAUCAUUCCUCCUAAUGCAGGAAGAUUUUUUUUGGCUUGCCAGUUAUAUACUGUGGGUAUUCUGUUCACUGUGCUGUGCUUCGGUUGCCUCAUAUCACCUUGCAUAAUCAUGUAUGACAGAGGUUGCUGAUUGUCAUUUAUCGAUGACUGUAUGUUUCAUUGGCAGCAGUAAAAUGUUUUCAUGUUGUUACCUUUUAAAUAAUUGUGUUGUAUUAACAUGCCUCAUAUUUUCUGGGAAAACUUGAAAUAUAGCUAAAAAAAGGUCUGUUAAAAAUAGGAAUUGGCAUUUCAUUAUUAAUACAUUUUUUCCUCAUAAAAAGUUAUACAAAAAGUGACAUAUUGUCUAUUACAUGGGCCCAAUCAGUAUUAAAGUACUCCCCUUACUCAAAAAUGUUAAAAAAAAAUAAUUCAUGACCACUUAGUAGCAUUUUCAUUCAUUGUUUCAAAAGGUCUUUGUAAUGGCCAAAUUGUCCAAUCCACAAAAGAGUGAGAAAGUUGUUUUCAGUACUGGGAAUUUGUAAACCUUAGUUUUAAGUCCAAAAAUAUCUCUUAUUAGCUUAAACAUUUUUGUGAUUACUGUUCCGUCCCCAGCUCUAGUCCUUUGAAGGAGUAAGUCUAAAGAAUUAGGCCAUGAAGUCACUAUUUCCUCUCACCUCGGUUUGCCUCCUGGUACUUAGCUGGACUGUCACUUUGUAUAGCAAUACCCCUGGCUGGGUCUCUUCUUCACUUAGCCUUCUGAGUCUACGAUUCACAGGACGUGCCAUUAUGUCUUUCCAGGACUGAUCACCAUGCUGCCAUAUCACAGGCUCUGCCAGCUGGUAUAGAACCAUGCCUCAUCACAGCUGCCAGGAUGAGGCCACAGGUCCACCUAGGGCGGCAGGUGCUACUGCUAUUUGUCAUGGGUUUUGCUAAAACAUGUAUACUGUUGCUCACCUCUUUCAUAAGAAUGGUUCACACUGAGGGGCCAUGGAAAAGAACUUUUAAAAAAUAUGUGGUGGAAUCAAACUCACAAAGGCAGAAAUGUGAGUGCCAUGCUCUAUCCAAGUAAGCUCAGUGUCCCUGCAGUGCUUUGUAUCUGGCCUGGGUCUCCUCAAGUUCCAGUGAAGCAGCAGCCCCCACUGUCCAGCAUGUGGAAGGUAGAUCCUUAUGACAACAGCAGACCUGCAGUUACCA